AUAUAAUCUUGAAUUUACUGCGGGUUUUCGACCUGCACGUCCUCUUCCGGUAUCUGUACUGAUCCAUUCACCAUGGCUGAAAGCGCAGCUACAAUACGUACCAGGAAAUUCUUAACGAACCGUCUAUUAUGCAGAAAGCAGAUGGUGGUAGAUGUCAUACAUCCUGGACGGGCUACUGUACCUAAGACAGAGAUCCGUGAAAAAUUAGCAUCUAAAUACAAAACUACACCAGAUCUGAUUUUCUGCUUUGGUUUCCGGACACAAUUUGGCGGUGGAAGAAGUACGGGGUUUGCUAUGAUAUAUGACACAUUAGAUUUUGCAAAGAAAUUUGAGCCUAAACACAGAUUAGCAAGGCAUGGUCUCUAUGAGAAAGGAAAGAUAAGCCGCAAACAGAGAAAAGAAAGAAAGAAUAGGCAAAAGAAAGUACGGGGUGUGGCUAAAACCAAAAUUGGUGCUGGCAAAAAGAAAAAAUAAGAUUCUACUAUUUCUAUAUCUGUGAGGAGAAUGAUCCCGGGCAUCUGUUUGAUAUCUGUUUUUACUGUGGAAUAAAGUUGUUCCUGGUA